UCAAGUUCGAAUAAUCGAAAGAGACCUCGGAUGAAGAAUCAGGAGAGUGAUUUAUAUCAAACUCCAUCGGACUGGUCGGAUGAAGAGAUUAAGCGGAGUUGUGAGUUUUUGAAAAAAGUGAAAGAGUUAGAUGAUGAGACAAUCUUUGUUAAAUUUGCCAAUGCAAUGAAGUCUUAUCAAUCUAAGUCUUUAAGCUACAUCGAGGUCAAAGCCAAAGUCGCUUCCAUUCUCCGUAACCACGACGUUUUGGUCCAAGAGUUUCAUCAGCUUAUAUCGGAUUUAGCUACCAAUGAGAAAAAUUGUAAUGCGGCGAAAUCAGACGUGGAACGCACGGUUGAGUUUUUGAACAAACUCGAAGGUUUGGGGAAGGGUUUACACGGUGCGUUUCUAAAUGCGUUGGUGUUUGGCGGUGAUAUCGUAGCUUUGGUUGAACAACUUGACGUGAUUUUACACGAUCACGAGUUUCUGAAAGAAGAGUUCAAAGCGUUUUUAAUCGAUUCCCGUUUAUAUAAAAAACCAUGAUU